UGACGUAAACUAGCUAGCCAGCCUCAGCAAUGCUACAGCCACAGCCCGAGAAGCUUCAGGCUCUUCAAGAUAAAGCGAAACUACAACUAAAGGAUGGCUGCGUUUAAAUUACCACGAUAUACUUACAAUGUCGCGUCUCUCUCCGUUAACGGCAAAUUUUUGGCCAGGCAGCAGCACACCAUCUGGAGUUCAGACCACCACUAUGGCAUGUUAUAUCCAGGCCACAUCCAAACCAGCCCUCUUCAAAAAGCUCUGCUGGCUGUGGGAUCUGGAGUAGCUGCUCUGCAGAAUCCCUACAGACACGAUAUGGUGGCAGUGCUUGGGGAGACAACCGGGCACAUGGCCCUGAUCAAAUUAAGGAACAGGAUGAGGAAUGACCCUGAAGGUUACACCAUUCUCACAGAACGUCCAAGGAUCCGCCUGUCUACGCUGGACAUUUCUAGUAUGUCCACCCUUCCUGAUGGUUCUCUAGGAAGAGAAUAUCUCAGAUUCCUGGAUGAGAAUAAAGUCACGCCUGACACACGUGCUGAUGUGAAAUUUGUUGAUGAUGAAGAACUAGCAUAUGUGAUGCAGCGAUACAGAGAAGUGCAUGAUCUACUGCAUACAUUGCUAGGCAUGCCAACCAAUAUGCUUGGUGAAGUUGCAGUCAAGUGGUUUGAGGCUGCUCAGACAGGUCUUCCCAUGUGCAUUCUGGGAGCAGCCCUGGGUCCACUUCGUCUAUCCAUCAGUCGUCUCCAAAAGCUCAUGGGGUCUCUUGGGCCAUGGGCUUUGCGCAGUGGCAGCCGUGCGCGUUGUGUACUGAGUGUUUUCUAUGAGCGACGCUGGGAGCAGAACCUGGAAGAACUCAGAGAGGAGCUCAACAUAGAGCCACCACCCAUCAAGCUGUCUGCGAAGAGCAAGAAAGGGUCCUAGCACACUUUUUUCCAUUUAAGCUAAUAAUGCUUUUCCACUGGACAGUGUGGUACAGCAUGGUUUGGUUACAAAUCUGUUCUAUCACGUGUUGUUGCGAUUUCCAUUGUCAUGUGACCCAUACCGUGCAGCAGAGUGCAUGUACAAAUCCAAACCCAGAUCGAUCCAUACCCUGGCCAGAUGGUUUUCCAUCUCACGACAGCACUUCAGGUGCUGACAGUGCUUCAGGUUCUGAUUUAACUAUCUAACUUGAUUGACACCAUGAGAUGACUGCAUUUAACCGAUCAGUAGUCUGUGUCAUUUCUAGCCUCAACAGUGCAUUCCAGCUUGGAACCCCAUUACCCCAGUGAGAAGGGACACUUGUCAGUGGAAGUAAUGUGAAAAUGCUUGAUCAUAUGUACUGUCCUGUACGACCCUGGUGAGAAAACACACACACAUUUUCUAAGCUGCUUAUCUUUCCGGGUUGUAGGGGGAGCUAGAUCCUAUCUCGGCAGUCAUUGGGUGGAAGGCAGGAUACAGCUUGGAUAGGUCUGGUGGGAAAACAACAUGGUGAAUUUGGUUAUCCUUCUUGCCAAGCUACCAAGACUACAAAACUGGCACAUAUGGGUGUAGUGAAAAUUGGCAAGACCAUUGAUUGGUCAAAUACGAUCAUUACAGAAUCAGCAGAACUCCUAAGAGGAGAUUUUGGAGGUACCAUUAUGCAGUUGGAAAAAGACAUUGGCUGGAUGCUUAAGGGUACAAAUAGUUGUGUGUUCGGAUUGGUAACCGAACCAUGCCUUGCUGCACUGUCCUGAAGAAAGGUUCUACAAUUAAGAUGUUUUUUUUUAUUAUUAUUUAUUUAUUAACUAUUAAUACUAAUAAGUAUGUGGCCAGAUGUCACAGUGUCUAUAGGUCAUCACAGAACACCUGGUUUUAUGAGCUGACUUCAGUUAAUUAUGGGGUAUCAGUUAUUAGUCAUUGGCAAAACCAUCAGUGAGCCAUACCAUUCCUCUUACUGAACAAAGCAGCUGACUGAGUAGCUGGACUCAUAUGACACAUAGUUGACAUAAAUAAGAAUGUGUCAUCCCCCCUCAGCAAACUGGACAGGGGUUUGAAUAUUCUAGAAUGGAAUACAGACACAGUGCAGUCACUGACUAUUAGGCAAGCUGCCACAAGUCUAGAGGAUUUUGCUUUCAUUGGAUUAAUUUCCUCCUCUAUAUUUCAAGCCUUUAAGAAACACUGUAUCAGCCCUAAAUGAUUAGUAAGUGUCAGAUGCUGGUUCCAGCUUUCUGGUUUAUGUUUAUGGAAUGAUGAUCAAUGAAAUGUUGGUCUUCUUUGCUUAACCUGAUCUUGAGUCAUACGGUCACAAGAUCUCACAUGAUCAGCUGUAGUGUUCAGUCUGAAUCCAUGCAACGUGUGGUCACAGAACCAAAUCAAAACACAAAGCACAAGACCAGGGAGAAGCCACAGUAUCUGCUACACUGACAAUGACCAAAAACUAGAUGAGAAUUAAUUUAGCACUAGUUCUCCAGGCUUGACAAGUAAUUGGUAAACAUCAUGGUUUAAAUGAAAAGGUGUUCAUAGUCAUUGUUAUCCAUUUUAAAAGAAUGUGACCGUUUUUAAACAGUUAUCUAUGUAAAAAUAGUACUGUCUGGACAGUUAACAUUCUAAAAUGUGUGGGGUUCUUUCAACAAUAAACAUGAAAAAGGAAUUCACAUAAAAGCUAA